AUGGCACUUUUUCAGGAAUAUGGUUAUAAUUUGCAUGCGGAAAAAGGUAAACCUCAGUUUGUCGGCACUGUGGAUCCGGGUAGCCCAGCUGAUCAA